AUCCACGAGAUCACUAUUGACUUUGGGGAAUCAACUUUUUGGCUGGAUCUGUCUAUUUAUCUACACCUCUUCUGACAGCUUGGGAUCAACUUGGCAGAUCUACGACUAGUACUUUCAUCCCGAGAGAAUCAUUCAGAUUCACCACAUCAUACAGGGCUUCCAUUAGCGAGGCGCCAUGUCCACCACCGUCACUCAGACUGCGGUCGAGCCGCCAAUCACCAUCCUCAACCCUCAGGUCAAUCUGGAUGCCUAUGAUGAGGAGCAAGUCAGGUUGAUGGAGGAGAGAUGCAUCUUGAUAAAUGACAAGGACGAAGCGUACGGAGAGGGGAGCAAGAAGCAGUGCCAUCUGAUGGAGUCCAUCAGACAGGGUCUGCUUCAUCGAGCUUUCUCCGUCUUCCUCUUCCGUCCAUCAGAUGGACGCUUACUGCUUCAAAAGCGAGCCGACGAGAAGAUCACGUUUCCGGGCAUGUGGACAAAUACCUGCUGCUCUCAUCCACUGUACCUGCGCACAGAGCUGGUGGAGGAGAACCAAGAGGGCGUUCGGGCGGCUGCUGUCAGGAAACUUCCACAUGAACUUGGGAUCCCAGCCUCUCAACUCUCACCGGACAUUUUCACUUUCUUAACGAGAAUACAUUACCUCGCGCCGAGUGAUGGCCUCUGGGGAGAACACGAGAUCGACUACAUUCUUUUCUGCUCGACCGAUGUGGACCUGGAGCUCAACCCAAACGAAGUUAGCGAUGCGAGAUAUGUUUCAAAAGAAGAGCUGGAGGGCAUGUUUGCGGACUCUCAAAACUCAUUCACUCCUUGGUUCCGACUCAUCGCGAGAGACCUUCUGUUUCCGUGGUGGGAUGAAAUGCUGGAGAAGUCUAGAGCGGAGGGUUGGGAUGGAAAGGGGAAUGGCAAAGUCAGGGCGAGUGUCUUGGAGAACGGACCAAAGACGGGCGAGAUUCUGAAGAUGGUAUAAUAAGGGGAGUUGAUGCGGUCGCUGGUAUGCAUUGAGCAUUGUGUAAUCA